AUGCCGUCGGCUACGUACACGCUGUCGUAUCUGAAUGUGUUUUGGCUCUUGCAUGUCAUAGCGGAGCUGCCGCUGGGUAUCCUAGCCUUCCUGGAUCCGGCGGCAAUCCCGCUUGCGCACCCGUCGGGAUCCACGCUCUUGCUCAUUCAGCGCGCGGUGGCGAUCCAGCUGCUCCUGUUCCACGGAAUUGUGUCGGCCGUGUUUAUGAGGCUCCCCGAUGGCGUCGUCACGUUCCAACUGCCGGCCAAGCUCCUGGAGCUCCUGCCUUGGCUCGGCAUGUAUCGCAUGCCCAUCUGGAUCGCCGCAGUGCAUGGAUGCAUUGCCGUCCUGGCCACAGGAUGGUACGUCGCGCUACUCACCACAGGUGGCAGGCCACUCUCCCUCAAGUCCAGGCGGUUGCCGCCCACGCCAAGAGCCCAUGCUCCAUGUGCGCCCCAAACGACACUGGAUGCGACAGCCGUCUUUGUGCAUGCGUCGGCCGUCGCGCACGGCUACGACGCGCCAGGCCCCGCAGCGCAGUGGCGCUCGGACCGGGAUCGGCACGCGUGGUCGUACGCAGCACACGGCCACACGGUCCAUGUUGUGGUCACACGCGUCGCCCAGCGCGCGGCGGUCCUUGCGCUGAUCGACGAUGGCCCUUGCUGUAUGCUGGAUGUGGCACUUCCGACUUACAUUAACGCCACCGCCUUGCCAUGGCGCGACUCGGAUGACAGGGCUCAGCUUGCCUCGCUCUACAUGCGUAUGGACGAGUGGCAGCAUCUGCUCGACGAGCGUGUGUGGGCACCCUUGACUGCACCGGGCGCGCCGGACAAGGGCGCGACGAUACCAUGCCGUGACGCUCCCCAGGCGCUUGUGGCGCCAGGUGUCGCCCCGCCGGCAGACGCGCCGCCGGUGUCCGCCUUCCCCCCUCGGAUCGGUGACGCAGACCGUGACCCAUGGGCUGCGAGCCCUGACGUGUUCGGCGGAGGUCUCCCGCUUGCUCGCCCGCCGCGCGCCGACGGCAUGAUAGUAGGCCCUGAUCAUCCGCUGUGGCAAAGCCGACGGCGUGAGGAUAACGCACCUUGGCUGCCGCCCAUGGGUGCCCCGCCGGGGGCGCGCUUCGACCCCGUCGGUCCAUUGGCGCCGAUGCGGCGUCGCGGCGACCCCGACUGGGACGAAUUUGCGCCUCCAUCGUCCAUGUUUUCCUAG